AUGUCCCACCUGACUUCCACCUGGUUCAUGCUCGCCUUUGCUUUCAUUCUUCCAACUUAUGUCUCUGCUUCCACUCUCUUGGCAAAUCGUCAAUCCACGCUCAUAGGAACCACCAUCUCUUUGGACUAUGGCACCUUCGUUGGGUUUCGCAACGACACCAACGGCAUCACUUAUUUCCAAGGCAUCCGGUAUGCAGACCCGCCAAUCGGGGAAUUGAGAUGGCGAGCGCCUGUAUCGCCUCCUACUUCCCCCCUUGGAACAGUGAAUGCAACUGAGUUCGCCGUGGCGUGUAUUCGAACUGUACAAGUAACCGUCGCAGCGGGGACCUCCGAGGACUGUCUUUUCGGAAAUGUAUAUGUUCCGCCAAACACAUCAACAGACGAUAGGCUACCAGUCCUGGUCUGGUUUCAUGGUGGUGGAUACCAGACAGGGAAUACACGUACCGCGCCCCCGAAUUUCAUCAUGAAUUCAUCUGCAAAACCCUUUGUCUUCGCCUCAUUCGAGUAUCGGCUUGGGCAGUUCGGCUUUUUGGGCGGCUCGCAAAUCAAGGAAGAUGGCGAUCUCAACGCUGGAUUCUUGGACCAGCUCGCAGCUCUCCGCUGGGUCCAAAGGUAUAUCCACAACUUCGGCGGCGAUAGCAAGCAAGUGACGAUAUGGGGUCAGUCAGCUGGCGCAGGCUCAACAAUGUUCCACCUCCUCGCUAAUAAUGGAAACAACGAGGGCCUCUUCCGAGCCGCAAUCGGGGACAGCCCUCCCCUUACGUUCGUGCCAGCGUACAACGAGACAUAUGUCGAAGGUGUCUUCACCCAGUUCGCCUCCUUCACAGACUGCGCCAACCAAGGCCCCUCAACCCUCCAAUGCCUGCGCUCCACAAACAUAACCUCCAACAUGCUCGCCCGCGCCGGGAAUGGCACCAUCACUGCACGUCCCUCGACGCUCUACGUCUUCGCCCCCAUCCUCGACUACACCACCAUCCCCAUUCGGCCUGUUGAGGGGUUCUCCUCGUCUCCUUCCCCCGCUAAUCACAACACAACUAAAUUUUCGCGUGUUCCCGUUUUGUUCGGCUCGAACACGAACGACGGCGCGAAUUGGUCGAGCACGAGGAUUCGUGACCCGGCUGCGAACACCUCUGCACCUGGCGCGGACGAGCAGACGCUCUUUCGGUUCUUGCAAGGACAGUACGCGAGCUUGAGGGAGGAGACGGUCCAAGAGGCUAUCGCGGUCGACGGGAAUUUGUAUCCACUCGGAAACUAUGAUUCGCUUACUUCGCAGGCGCAGCAGAUGUACGGAGAGAUGAGGUUCAUAUGCACCGCUGGGAUGAUCGUUGGUGCUAUGCGGGAGGCCGGGAUCGUCGACGCAUAUCAAUACCAUUACGACAACCCAAACCUCGGCUCCGACCACCACGAUGAACUAACCGCCUCCUUCAAACGCGAGCCCAGACGACCUGGCGCUGUUCGAAGCCAUGCGUGA